GAUUUCAGUGUAUGAAGAUGAUAAACAAAAAAAAUGGCGGUAACCCGAGCAAUUGUAAAGCUAGCCCAUCACGAGCAACAAGAAUUGUGCGUAACGAGACCCACGUACAGACAAGGAAGAAAAUUAACGGCUGUGAAGGUGUAUACUGUAAAUGACGAAUCCCAACAUCUGAUGAUAUGUGGUGUGCCUAAGCUACAGCUCAGUGAGGAGGUAAGGAAGCUUGCAUCUCCUUACGGAGAUGUAAAAAAAGUCGCACUCGUCCCAGAGUAUCCCACAGAAGAAUUCACCGAGGCGUAUCAUGUGCAUUAUGGACGGAUUCAAAGCGCCAGAAUAGCCAAGCGAUUUAUAGAUUGUAAGAACUUCUACGGAGGGCUGCUACAUGUAUUCUAUGCGCCAGAAUUAGAAAGUAUAUCUGAAACACGAGCCAAACUAAUUCAAAGACGAAGAGACAUAGCUACCCGGAUAAAGAGAAAUCAGGAAGAUCCGGCAAACCCAGAAACAGACUCGUUCACCCCUAAAGAUCAAUACCACCGAAAGAAAAAAACACCUGCGCUGCCUCUCACUGAAGAUCGCCUUAGUCAAACAUACCCUGGAGAAUCUCUAACAUCAAUAUAUGAUGGGAUUCCUCGGUCAAUUGACCCGCGACCAGUCGCAGAACCAAGCCUACCGCAAAACUGGCCUUUGCCACAUAGUAGUAAAUCACUGCCUGACCAGGAACUACAAUUUGCACCAUAUCAACCAAACGAUGCUGUUCUGAUAGCUGCUAGUACAAGAAGCUCGACAAAUAUUUCCAGUAGGCCAGACUCUGUUAAGCAUAAAAACUACAAAGGGCAAAACAUCAAGGAGAGAAGAUUUGUUAAGCUUACAAGACCGUAUAUAAUAGACACACGGAAUAUGGCAAAGAUGACAACGCCACCGCAAAACAGUAUUGAUGAAAAACCAGUGUUUACGAAUAUCAAGAAGGUCGAAAGCAAUAUUAAAAUUAAACUAUUGCCUGAAAAGCAGAAAAAUAAAAAAAGGAUUGUCUUGAAAAAUCCAAAUACAAUUCGCCUGCUACAACCUGACACGGAUCUCCAGUCCUCUAUAAGUUUGGCAAAGUCCCAGAUCAGAGAAGCAAUGAAGAAAAAUUAGGCUUUAUUGUGAUGUACAAAUAUUUAUCGAUUUGUACGAUAACUUCGAAGGGUAUAAAAAUAUUUUAUUUCAAUUUAAUAAAUACACAGUUUAUACGACUUAUUGUUAAAUUCAUU